AUGGCGCCAACAUCGGCUUCUCUGGGAGAUGCCAUGGACACAGAUAUCAUACUGGGCGUGGCGUCAGAACAAGUUGCCAACAUCGUGGACCAGAUGCGAAAUCUGAGCGUAGACCAAUUGAUUCACAUCAAGCAACAGGCAAUUCACCUCGCCAACGCCAAAGCACCAUUUCUCCGGCUACCUCCGAACGUGCGCAAGAUCAUCUAUACAUACAUGGUCCGAGAUUACCUGUCACCCUUGACGGAAAAGUUCGAUCACAACUGGUUGGACUCUCGACAACAGCCAUCAUUCUUCAGGACCUGUCGCCUGAUCCAGCGGGAAUGCGACCAGCUGUUUCCGGUGGCGCCUUUUCAAGUACUGGUCCUUCGCAACGAUCGACUGUAUCGUCUCGCAGAGCUACCAUCAGAUUGGCUUUCGUUCCAGGUUGGACUGAGUGGCUUGUCGCGCAUGAAGAGUGACAGGCCCAUGGACUCGAUGAGGGACGCGGAGGAGAGGGCCAAUGAAUUGCGGGCAUUGUUACAAGAACAGGGCCAUUCCUCCGGCGUCAUCGUCUUCAGAGAAGACCUACACAUCGGACCCAAAGCUUGGUAUACAUAUGAGCGCCCUGUGCACGCGGGGUGAGAUCUGUGAGCUGCAGCUAAUUGACGAAACGCCCAUGGCUUGAGAGUCGCAGUGUUCUGCUAAACUGUGCCUGCUCGGCGGUGGGCACUUCGCGAUGGUCGAAACAAGAAGGUCCAGAUCCGCCAGGCGGCCGCUAACUCCUAGAUGACACUGGCCGAUAACGUCAUACGGAGCGUG